AUGGCAUUGCCCAUUGAUCGAAUUAAUACCAAAGAUAUCUUCACCGAUGAAGUUACCAAUCUAUUAAACUCGUUUCCUGUGCAUAUUUAUUUCAAUAUUCGAGGAAAGCUGCUUAUGAUUGAUACAUCGGAAUUGCUAUACUUACCACACUGUCUCCUUGGCAUGUUAUUUAUACAAGGAUUUGGCCCUCUACUAAAAAAUGAAGGUGGUACUCCUGAUACUUGUCUAAAGUGUCAUCUAAUUGAUCCUGCUGCUUGUAGUUGGUUAUUGGACAUAUAUUUACGACUGUUCCUCAAAAACACCAAUUACUCUCCGUACAAAAUUAAAGAAGAUCCUUUAAACGACACGACAUUUGUCUUUCUGUUGGUAGAGUUCUGCGAUAUAUAUGUUAUAUCCAAAAAAACACAUCAAGGGGUGAACCCAAGUGUGAAGGAGAAGCUUUUGGAACUCUACUACAAAAACAAUAAUAUAUUUGAGACUUCUCCGAAAUCUCUUUUCUUUGGUAAUAAGAAGGAACGGUCAGCAUUCGUUCAUCUGCUAAAUGAAUGCGGGUUUGGUAAAGAUGAAAAAUGGAGCCGAAGAGUGAAAGAACCAAAACGAAUGUCCUUAUCCUCAUACCAUGUUACUACAUUACGCUGUACGGCUGAAAAUGCGGAUUUAUGCGAAAGACAACUGCGAUUCUGGAGAACCCCAGGGCAUAAAUGUUGGUGGUUUGAAAACAUGCAUAAUUUCGAUAACACAGCAUUAAAUGUUUGGCGUCGCAAAUUUUGGACUUUGGAGCUUAGCAUUACAGGCCAAAGUGUAAGUUCAUAG